AUGUCAUAUCCAUCAGAUGAGCUCAACGAAGACCGCCUGCAUGCCCUCUCCGCGAAUGCUGAUGCAGGCGAGGGAGAGCAGGAGUUUUCUCAGGAUGCUCCGAGCCUAUUCAUCAGCUCAACUAUUUCGCGAGACGGUACUCUGAGUCAAGCCAGUCAAGAACAAGGAAUCUUAUCGCAGCUUAAGGAUCAGUUGUCAUUCGGAACUCUAGAGGCGCACAUAGUCUCCCAUCAUCAAGGCAGCCUAGGUUACCUCCCCCGCCACUCUCCUCCUUCGCGACCACAUUCCAGAUCACCACCACCUUCCAAAGCGUUGAAGAACUCGAAAUGGCGGGAAAGGCUCAAAGCUGAAAGAGAGAUGUCUCCAGAUGCAUCUUCGAAGGAGGACAAUGUAGGCAACAUUGAGCAGGCAAUUGACCUUCACAUCCUUGAAGAAAAGAAAGAGCCCGACCACGAUGUCAGUCUUGCCGAAACUCUCGCCUUGAUGACAGAAAGGCAACUCGGCAUCGACUUCCUGGAUCAAAGCAAAAAGAUAUCCACCUUCGCGUCCUACCUUCUCGACACAAUCCAGAUUUUGGAGAGUCAAGCAGACUGUCGCGAUGCCGAAAGCUCUGGAAGUGACUCUGGUAGUGACUCGCAAGAUGAGGAGGUAGCUGUCGGCCAGCCUCCCGGUUAUCAAGUUGUUCAUCGAAUCUUUUGUACAGCCAGAUUUCAUGAUCACGACGGAAUGAACCAGUGGCUCGAAAGGGCAAAAUCACCGCAUCAGAGGGCUGAAAACCAAAGAUUCAGAGUCCGAAACUACGUAAGCACUCCCUCAGGCAGGCUCGAGAGACUCAGAAUUGUGUCACCCGUACUCCAAAAAGCUUUGAAGCAGGUUGCGGAGUUUCAAGUUUACCGGAAAAGUGAACACGACGACUUUGCCGCAGAAAUGGAGGCCCCGUAUCUAUUUAUACUGGAGUACACCAAAGAGGUGAUAUUGCCUUUGACGAGGUUCCUCGUGGAACAUUACGAGACUGAAUACACGGAGGCCGAGGAGUUAUUCCGCCAGGGGUACGUGAACGCUUACCACGUCCACAAGUUAUUCAGGCCGAACCAAAUGCUCCUCGUAAGAAAGAAAGGGGAGCCAAAAACCGCAUUUGUACUAUCCAAGUACAGUCUGGCGAAAAAGGAAGAGAUAAUACUUCAUGGCUGGAGAUGGCACUACAAUGGCCAUAAUUUGCAGCGGACUACAGAACUCGAGGCGAUAGACUUUGUACCCGAGGACAAGACCAAGAUUUGCGAUCUCGUCGUUCACCCGGUUGAGUUCGCCAGAGAAGAAGAUGUAACAACCUUGAUUCAAAGAGGAAAAACAUUAUGGAGCAUGAGAGAUCAAGUGUACAUCUGCUACACAGGAUGGGAUAAGGGGUCGAAACAUCAAUAUGCAUCUGCAAGGUUCAUGGUGGACACGGCAACCUAUCAAAUCAUGCACGGCCACUCCAACUACUCGUCGUCCGAACCGUCACCCGCAAAUGAUCCGUGGCCUAUGAGGGUCAACCAUCGAGAAGACUUACCGCACAAGGUUGAGAUGCUUCUACCAGCUACUGUUCAGGGCUUCAAUCUCGAAGAAAAGAACUGGGUCAAUUUGUAUGUGGAGAACACUCAUGCGGUAGAUUGGAAUUACAAGGCCUUUGAUCGUCUUGUCUUGGAUGCCAAGACCAAGGAGAUGAUUCGUGCACUCGUCGACGUUCAGACUUCAGCAAAGAAGAUGGACGACAUCAUCGCUGGAAAGGGUAACGGCCUAAUCAUACUUCUCCAUGGAAGUCCAGGAACUGGCAAGACAUUGACGGCAGAAAGUGUCGCAGAAAUCGCAAAGAAACCUUUGUACCGAGUCACCUGCGGGGACAUUGGUACUGAUGUGGAAAAGUACCUUGAGACAGUGAUGUACUUGGGAAAAACUUGGGAUUGCGUUCUUUUGCUGGAUGAAGCAGACGUUUUUUUGGAAGAGAGAACCUUGGCAGACUUGCAGCGGAAUAGCCUUGUAUCUGUCUUUCUACGACUCCUCGAGUAUUAUGAAGGUAUUCUCAUCUUGACGUCCAAUCGCGUGGGAACCUUUGACGGGGCAUUCAAGUCUCGUAUCCAGGUAGCGAUUCACUACGAUAACCUGGCCAAGAUGUCACGUAAAGCAAUCUGGCAGAACUUCUUCGACAUGAUUCAGGAGUCAACCGAGGAAGAUGCCAACAUGCUAGAACUAGAGAGAAGACUCGAUCACUUAGCCAAAGAAGAUAUGAACGGCAGACAAAUCCGGAAUGCGCUGCUCACUGCGCGACAACUUGCAAAGCACCGCAAAGAGAGAUUGGACUGGGAGCAUCUCAGCCAAGUAAUCGACACUUCUGCUGCUUUCAACAAGUAUCUAAAAGCAGUGCGCGGGCAUACUGAUGAGCAGUGGGCAAGGGGGGAAUCGCUGCGUUAA